UAAAUGUGAUGUGUGUAGAAAGGCAUUCAAACAGCCAAGUGACUUAGAGAGACACACGAGGACACAUGCAGGUGAUAAACCUCAUAAAUGUGAUGUAUGUGGGAAGGUAUGCAAUCGUUCUAAUAUCUUACAGAAACACAUGAGGACACAUAUAGGUGAUAAACCUUAUAAAUGUGAUAUGUGUGGAAAGGCAUUCAACCACUCACAGAACUUAAAGUCACAUGAGGACACAUACAGGUGAUAAGCCUUAUAAAUGUGAUGUAUGUGGACAGGCAUUCAAACAUUCAAGUACAUUACAGACGCAUGUUAUGAUACAUACAGGUGAUAAACCUCAUAAAUGUGAUGUGUGUGGGAAAGCAUUCAUCAGGAUAAAUGCCGUUCAAACACACAUGAGGAUGCAUACAGGUGAUAAACCGUAUAAAUGUGAUGUGUGUGGAAAUGCAUUCAGUCAAUCAUGUCACUUAAAGACACAUGUGCUGAUACAUACAGGUGAUGAACCUUAUAAAUGUGAUGUGUGUGGAAAGACAUUCAAAUUGUCAAGUACUUUAAAGAGACAUGUUAGGAUACACACAGGUGAUAAACCUUAUGUAUGCAGUAUGUGUGGCAAGGCAUUCACGGAGUCAGGUAGUUUGCAGGUACACAGGAGGAGACAUAACGGUGAUAAUCCUUAUAAAUGUGACUUGUGUGGGAAGGAAACCUACCUGUUUUAUAGCUUGCAGUCACAUAUGAAGACACAUACAGGUGAAAAACCUUAUAAAUGUGAUGUAUGUGGGAAGAUAUUCAGCCACUCACAUCACUUACUGACACACACAAGGACACAUACAGGUGAUAAACCAUAUACAUGUGAUGUAUGUGGAAAGUCAUUUCGUUUUUCAGGUAACUUCAAAAGACAUCGUAGGAUACAUACUGGUGACAAACCUUAUAUAUGUGGUUUGUGUAAGAAAGCAUUUGGUCAAAAAACGCAUUUAGAUAAACACAUGACGACACAUACAUAUUAGAACUUAAUAAAUGUGAUGUAUGUGAAAGGACAUUCAAACAAUUGGUAACUUACAGUCAUAUAUGAAGACACAAUGACUUACAGAUUAUAAAUUUUAUGAAUGUGAUGUGAGUGGGAAGGCAUUCAAUCAAUCAAGUAACAGACGGGUUCACGAAAGAAUAAAUUCAGGUUACAAACCUUAGGAAUGGGACAUGUGAGUUGGAAGGCAUUAUCUGUAAAAGAGACUAGAAACACAUGGCAGGUCGGCAGAGGAGUCUCACUCCUCCAUGGCACCUGAUUCCACCUCAUGUUUUGGACGUUCGUGUUUCAU